AUGCUGUGGCCAAAUAACCAUCGUGUGAUCUGGGUAUUAUCUCAGUCUCAGUAUUACAACACACACAGACAAACACUGAUCCUCUGUGACUGUUCUGAUAGUCCACCAGGAUUCACUUUGUUAUAUUUAAUGUCAUCAAGCACUCAUGGAUUAAUCCGGAGAGCUUGUGUGAGAAUAAAUAAGAGAGAUUAUGUAUCUGGUUCUAAAUACAGACAGGUUUGGUGUUCUAUUUCACCUGACUGCAUUCAACAUGGACCUUGUGUCACCUCAAUUAGUUAUACAUGUGAUCAGGCUUACUCUCUGAAGUGUGACUUUUGGCCCCUAUCUGCCUCCUCAUGGAUAGACAGAUGUCACACAUGGCCUCAACCUCAUGUUGUUGAUGAUAUAGUACAAAAUGGAUGUCACUUUCUAGCAAUUCGACAUAAGCUAGGAAUUCAUGAAGACCAUGAAUGGAGAAUUUCUUUUUCUCUGGCAGAACAAAAGCUUUUGUAUGCAAUGAACCACUGUCAAGCCUUAACUUAUAUCCUGCUCAAGUUGUUCUUAACAGAAAUAAUUAACAAUGGACUAAGUGAAGAUGAUAAAUCACUAUGUUCCUAUCACAUGAAGACAGCAGUUUUCUGGGUGAUUCAACAAAAUGCAAUACCUCACUGGUGUCCACAAAAUCUCCUGGGGGGUUUCUGGGUCUAUGAGUAUACGCUGAUUUCUGAGGCUAGAUUUGAUUUAAAUAUAAUGGAGCAAAUAUACAGUACAGACAUUCCAUCCACACCAGUUCAACAAAGCAGUAUGUGGUAUCUUCAUACAAUAGAACAGAUGAUAGUUUCACCCCUCCUAACACAGUAUCAAGUCCCGUUGCUACAGAAACAUUCAGCUAAUAUCCUUCAGCAAACUGCUUUUGUAUUACACAUGGAAAGUUACACUCAAGGAAACAAAAUGAGGUUCAAUGUAGAUGAAGAGAUGUAUACUGAGGCUGUAGGGGGACAUUCCUGGUCUACAAAGAUGAGACAGGCUGUAGCAUGGGAUAUUACACUUGACAACAAAACUUCUUACAUCCAUGAAUUGAUACCAGAACAACAGUCUGCUUUACAGAACACUGUGCGUACAUUAUAUAUUCCAUCCUUGGUAAUGUUGUACAUGCUAGAGAUCUUGUGCUACAGACAUAUAGACACAACGAGAGCACAAACAGCUCUAGAUGAUCUACAGACCCUAGUUCACGCUGAUCAAGCAACUCCACUCCAUGACUCCACUCCACUCCACUCCACUCAGCUUUUUACCCCAAGCCACUAG